AAAGGGUUUCGUUGGAGAAAAUUUCUUGACUAUUCAAUUACCGGGCGAAAUAAUGAACAAAAUUAUUAAUUAAAAGGGUACGCGUAUGGAGCGCGCGUGCGUUGUAUUUGGUUUUCGGAAUCCACAGCCACCCUGUCGCAAAACGGACAAAACCGCUCGUUCUGGCGUGCUAUGUGCAGGUUGUCGUGCGCCCAUUCCCAUUUUUUCGAUUUUUCCUGAAAAUUAACGCGACGGACGCCGGGGGAAAAGUGAAAAUCGCGUACCCUGCACGCUCCUUUGCGUAUUUCCGUUAAAAACCCGGCGUUCGGAGUACAAAAACGUGCAGUUUCCAGUGUUAUUCAAGAUAUGUAAGUUUGUCAUGUUGUGCGGCUCUCGCGUCUCGCCUUAGUUUAUAUGUAUCAGAGCUUUAAUUUUAAUGUGCGCCUGAUUAAAUGAAUUUAGUUAAUUUUAUUUUGCGUUCCGCCGCGUGUGAGAGUACCUUCUUAUCGUUGUAAUUUAAAGUGCGUUUCGUCUUUCCAAAGAUUAAGGCUGAAGAUUUAUCGCUCUUCAAACUCAUAGGCGUAGUUUUAGCGCACGUACUUACGCCUUUUUUUUUAUUAGCGACACUUUCCCCUUUAAUUAAAUAAUUCGGCCGAUUUGUUACUAAAAUCGCAAGGUUAAAUAUGUCGCUGUAGACAGGUGUGUACUAAUUAAGUAGUAAUAAUGAGCGUGUGCGAUAUAAAACACAAAGACCGUAUCUUGGAGGCGAUUGACCAGUUGCGUAGUCGCAAAGCAAGACCGGAUAGUCACAGGAUAUGUAAUUAUUUGAUGCGAAGGUUUGGCAUUAAUGCCAUUGACGCGAAAUUAGAUUUGCAAAAGUGCGUAGAUAAGGAUAUAGUAUUGCGGGUGGAAUAUAAGGGGAGUACUAGCUAUAGAAACGCGGCGAAGAAAUUUUCGCAUCUGCGAAGGGACAGAGAAAAUCUACCUGACACGAAUAAGCCCAAUAGAAAAUUCGUCGCUCUUCUCACAAAUGCGAUUGCGGAAUUAAUUGUACACGAACCCGAUUACUUAGAAGUAGGCGUACCUGGACCGGAAUUGAUAAGAAAUAUUCUUUCUAAGGACAACGUGCGCUACACGAAGAAGUACAUCAGCAUUUUACUGGAGAAGGAAGUGGAGAGCGGCGGUCUCGUUAAAAUGGAAAACGGAAAUUACUUAGUCGGUCCAAGCCCAACUAAGACGGAAUUUUCCAGGGAAAGCGUUACGGAAAGUUACGUAAUAACGAAGCCGCCGAGGGAUGAACAGGGUACGCAGAUGGUCUACAAGAAGAAAGAGGCGUCGAGAAAGGUCGACAAGUUCAGAUUAAAAAAAACAAAAAUGGAGAAUGGUACUUCCAUGGAUCCUAAAAGUUACAAACCUAGCGAAUUUGGGAUCUUACGCGUAGGCAGCCGUAGAAAGCGGGCUAAAAAAGUCUUCGACCCAUCUGACAAUAACAUUCCAAAGAAACGUGGACGACCUGUCGGUUCGCUUAAUAAAACGACCCUCGAAAAACAACUGGUGAAACUUCCGGAUGGAGAUUCAAGACCGGAAUCGCGUUCGUCGCUCAACGGACGCGAGCAAGGGGGUGUGUGUUCCGUCUGUCACAACAACAAGAAAAAUUCUAACGAACGUCUCGUUUCUUGCCGAGAAUGUAGUAAUAAAGCUCACGUUAAUUGCCUUAAUGGGGACGAUAUGAUGUUAAAAAUGUACCCGGAUAAUACGUGGCAGUGUCCGCAUUGUAAAACUUGCUGUGUUUGUUUCGAAACAUCGGAUGCAGGCGAUUUAGUGGUUUGUUCGGUUUGCGCCGAUGCGUACCAUCGUGGAUGUCACGAGCCGCAAAAUAUCGACAUCACCCAAUCGGGCAAUAAGUGGCUGUGCAUUAACUGUCAAAUGCCAGCGCAAUUACAAGUGGCCGAAAUUCAUCCGAAUGUGACCAGUUCUGAUGUAUUUACACAUCGUGGUAGCGAGCCUGAUUUGCAAGAUAAAGACCCAAGCUCAUCUGACUCGUCGAUAUCCGAGGACUCGAAUCGAAACUCUCCCAGCCCUUCUCCUACACCCCCAACCUUAAGUCCACAACCGAGCGCAAUGUCGAUGGCCCACUCACCACCGGACAUCAAAGGCAAUUUGUCCGAUUCCCAAAGCUACAAAGAUCUGGACGUCGACGAGCUAAUCGAUCCGUCGAUACCAGAUGCUAAAGACUGGACGGCCGAGGAGGUUUACAAUUAUUUCUCUCAGUAUUUUCCAGAUGAGGCAAUAGUAUUUAAAGAACAGGAGAUUGACGGUAGCUCGUUGUUGCUAAUGAAAAGGAUGGAUGUGAUCUCGAGUCUGAAGCUAAAAUUGGGGACUGCUUUAAAAAUCUAUCGUCACGUCGUUAAAUUACAAUUUAGAAGAGACGAUCCGAAAUUAUACUGGUUAUAAAAAUUGUUGAGACUGUAUCUACUUUUAUAUUAUUUAUUGUAUUUUUUAUUGGACAAUUUAGUUUGUUCCGUGAUAGUAGUUCUAAGUUUUUAGUAAUUUUUUACACUCUUUAAUUGAUUUUGAUGAUUAUCGAGUUAAUAAUUGUGUUCAUUUAUUAAUCGCAUUGUUGCAAUUAUAUUUUUGUUUAUUUUCUUUAAAAAAAACAUUACUUCCA